AUCAGUGCUGUAAGAGUAGUCUUCAUAAUAUCAACGCCAUUCAUCACUUCCGUGUUUGUUUGCAAUCAGCUUAUACAACUUUCCCCAUCAAAGAUUUCAUUGCAAUGGCAUCUACUUCAGCUUCGUCCGUUCAAAAGAGCUUCAAGUACGAUGUCUUUUUAAGUUUCAGGGGUGAAGACACUCGUAGAAACUUUGUUGAUCAUCUCUAUCACGCUCUUACGCAGAAAGGCAUUUACACAUACAGAGAUGAUGAAGAAAUCAAGAAAGGAGAAAAGAUCAGUGAUGAGCUCAUCAGAUCCAUCAAGGACUCGAAAUUUUACAUUAUUGUUUUCUCCAAGAACUAUGCUUCUUCAUCGUGGUGCUUAGACGAACUUGUCAAGAUUAUGGAGUGCCAGAAGACGAACGAGCACACUGCUUUCCCGGUCUUCUAUGAUGUGGAACCUACCGAAGUCAGGAAACAAAGUGGCCCAGUUGAAAAAGCAUUUGAGAAACAUAAAGAGGAAGAAUCUGCUGAGAAAUGGAAAAAGGCUCUUAGAGAAGCUGCAGAUCUCGCUGGGUGGGAGUUGAAGAACAUCUUUGAUGGGCAUGAAGCGAAAUUGAUCACAAAAAUGGUGGAAGAGAUCUCACUAGAGCUACGUUUCACUAACUCGAGCGUUGAUGGGAAAUUAGUAGGCAUGGAGACACGUGCAAAAGAUGUGGUUUCAUCUUUAGAAAUUGAUAUUGAAGAAGAUGUUCGCAUGAUAGGGAUAUGGGGGAUGGGAGGGGCUGGGAAGACAACUUUGGCGAGAGCUGUUUUUGAUCAAAUAUCCUUUCGGUUCGAAGGUUCAAGCUUUGUUGGGAAUGUAAGGGAAAUGUCAGGAAACCCCUGUGGUUUGAAGUCGUUGCAAAAGCAAGUACUUUCAGAUGUGUUAAAUGACCCAAACAUCAUAGUAAAUGGUGCAUCUGACAUGAAAAGGAUGAUGCGUGGCAGAAAGGUUCUUGUUGUUCUAGAUGAUGUGGAUCAUAUAGACCAACUUGAGGCAUUAGCUGGUGAGCCUAAUUGGUUUAAGCCGGGGAGCCGAGUUAUCAUUACAACAAGAGAAGAACAAGUGUUGCUGGCAUAUGGAGUGCCAAAGAACUUGAUUCUUCACGUCAAUCUGUUAUCGCGUGAGGAAGCAAAUUGCCUCUUCAAUAGGUAUGCAUUUGGGAGACUGAUACCAAACCAAGGUUAUGAAGAGCUAGCAUGUCAAGUCAUACAUUACGCUGCUGGUCUUCCGUUGACGAUCAAAGUUCUGGGUUCAUUUUUACGUGGUAAAGAUGAGCUUGAAUGGAGAGAUGCUUUAGACCGACUAAAAACAAUUCCAUUAAAGGAAACUCUGAAGAUAUUGGAAGUAAGCUAUGACGGACUAGAAGAGGAUUACAAGGAAAUAUUUCUAGAUGUUGCAUGUAUACUAAAAGGUUGGUGGAAAGAAAGAGCAGUCAGAGCGCUUGAAAGCUGCGGAUUUCAUGCCAGAAGUGGUUUAAAAGUUCUUGAGCAAAAAUCUCUUAUAACUGUAACUCGUUAUGGGUGCUUGGAUAUGCAUGACCAUAUAGAAGAAAUGGGUAAGAAUAUUGUUCGUCGUUUGCACCCCAAUGAGCCUCACAGACAUAGCCGAUUGUGGAUUAAAGAGGAGAUUGAAGAUAUAUUGGUUAAUAAUAAGGGUACUAAAGCAAUAAAGUGUAUAAACCUGCGUUUGGUCAAUCUAUAUGUUGCCAAGAAAGGUCUUCAAAAAAUGAGGGGACUUAGAUUUCUUAAAAUGGAUCAUCUAUUUCAUGAUAUUGGUCAAGAUAGGAUAUGCCUACCAAAUGGGUUAAGAUAUUUGUCUUUGUACAAUUACCCUUUUAAGUGUUUUCCCAAAAAAUUUCAACCAAAUAAUCUUGUUGGCCUUGAUAUACUGCACAGCAAUGCGGAUCAACAUUGGGAAGUGGGAGAAAAGGUUCUAAAGAAUCUUAGAUUCAUUGACCUCCGUGGUUGUGGAUUGGAAUCCUUGAAUAUUGGGUUCAAUAUGAAUCUCGAGAGGUUACAUCUUGAAGGAUGUGUUGAUUUGGCAGAACUUCACAUGCCCGUUAAAAGUCUAAAGCUCAAAAGCCUCCAUCUCAGUAAUACUAAGUUGAAAACACUUAACCUUAAGGGAGCUCAGAAUCUCCAGAAGUUGGAUGUUGAACAAUGUGAGGAUUUGGUAGAACUUCACAUGCCCGUUGAAAGUCUAAAGCUCAAAAGCCUCGACCUCAGUAAUACUAAGUUGAAAACACUUAACUUUAAGGGGUGUCAGAAUCUCCAGAGGUUAGAGAUUGAACAAUGUGAGGAUUUGGUAGAACUUCACAUGCCUGUUGAGUGUCUGAUGCUCGAAAGGUUCCACCUCAGUAAUACUAAGUUGAAAACACUUAACCUUAAGGGGUGUCAGAAUCUCCAGAGGUUAGAGAUUGAACAAUGUGAGGAUUUGGUAGAACUUGACAUGCCCGUUGAAAGUCUGAUACUCAAAAGCCUCCAACUCCGUAAUACUAAGUUGCAAACACUUAACCUUAAGGUGUGUCGGAAUCUUGAGACGUUAAAUAUUGAUCAAUGUGAGGAUUUGGUAGAACUUGACAUGCCCGUUGAAAAUCUGAUGCUCAAAAGCCUCCACCUUGGUAAUACUAAGUUGCAAACACUUAACCUUAACGUGUGUUGGAAUCUUGAGACGUUAAAUAUUGUUCAAUGUGAGGAUUUGGUAGAACUUGACAUGCCGGUUGAAAGUCUGAUGCUCAAAACCCUCCACCUUGGUAAUACUAAGUUGAAAACACUUAACCUUAAGGGAGCUCAGAAUCUCCAGAAGUUGGGUGUUGAACAAUGUGAGGAUUUGGUAGAACUUCACAUGCCUGUUGAAUGUCUGAUGCUCGAAAGGUUCCACCUCAGUAAUACUAAGUUGAAAACACUUAACCUUAAGGUUUGUCGGAAUCUUGAGACGUUAAAUAUUGAUCAAUGUGAGGAUUUGGUAGAACUUGACAUGCCCGUUGAAAAUCUGAUGCUCAAAAGCCUCCACCUUGGUAAUACUAAGUUGAAAACCCUUAACCUUAAGGGGUGUCGGAAUCUCGAGAGGUUAGAGAUUGAACAAUGUGAGGAUUUGGUAGAACUUGACAUGCCGGUUGAAAGUCUGAUGCUCGAAAGCCUCCAACUCGGUAAUACUAAGUUGCAAACACUUAACCUUAAGGGAGCUCAGAAUCUCCAGAAGUUGGGUGUUGAACAAUGUGAGGAUUUGGUAGAACUUUACAUCCCCGUUGAAAGUAGUCUGAUGCUCAAACGCCUCCACUUCGGUAAUGCUAAGUUUAAAACACUUAACCUUAAGGGGUGUCGGAAUCUUGAGACGUUGGAUCUUGAAAAUUGUGAGGAUUUGGUAGAACUUCACAUGCCCGUUGAAAGUCUGAUUCUCAAAACCCUCCACCUCUGUACUCCUAAGUUGAAAACACUUAACCUUAAGGGGGCUCGGAAUCUCGAGAAGUUAUAUCUUAACCAUUGUGAGGACUUGGUAGAACUUCACAUGCCCAUUGAAAGUUUUAAGCUCAGAUCCUUUAAAAUUUGUUGUUCUAAGUUGAGAACCCUUGACCUUGGGCUGACUCCAAAUCUUGAGGAGUUAGAUCUUAAAGAUUUUUAUGAUUUGGUAGAAGUUCAUGUUCCUGUUGGAUGUCUAAUAAAGGUUGCCUGCUCAAACUUAAGUGGCUGGGUCAUGUUUGCACCUCUGUUGGUUAACCAAGGGUUUCCUGAGGUUGAUCCUAGAACAGAGUUAAUUCUAACUGUCACAUCCUUAGAUACAUCUUCAUUGCACCCUGACAUUAAUUUGCCUAAGUUCCAGCUUCAUUGUGUUUAUAAUGAAAGUCUACUCUCGCCGUCCGGAAAUCUUGGGAAGCUUAUUUCUUUUGGUCUUUGUGGUUGCACAAGCCUUGCGAGUUUAUCAGGAAGUAUAUCUUUGAGAAGUAUUUGUGGUUUACAAUGUUUAAAGAAGCUUACACUCGAAGGCUUUAUUCCAGAGGUGCCCAACGAGCUUGACCAGUUAGAGUUUCUAGAGGAGCUAACUUUGUCGUCAACAAAGAUCAAACAUCUUCCUGAUAGGAUUUGUAUGUUGAAACGUCUUAAACUUCUCCGGUUUAAAUCUUGUUGGCUUCUUGAGCAGUUACCUGAGGAUCUUGGCAGAUUAGAGUGUUUAGAGGAGCUGUACUUGACGGAGUGUCUAUUCUUACGUGAUAUUCCAAACAGCAUAUGUGAGAUGAAACGUCUAAAAUGUUUCCAUCUCCCAUAUUGUGUUCUGGUUGAAAAAUUGCCUGAGGAAAUUGGUCGUAUAAAUUGUUUAAAAGAGUUGAAUAUAGAAGGCACAGGCAUAAAGCAUCUUCCUCAGAGUACUUUUCAAUUGAAAGGUCUGCGUAUUCUUGGGUCUAGGUGGCAGCUUGAGUCAUAUGAUUUUACAUCGGUAACGCAAAUUUCAGAAUACAUGGCCUUCUGGUACAUAUAGCUGUGGAUAACAUGCACUCCGGCCCACAACACACUGAAUUCUUAACCGGUCUAAAUAAUGAGAAAGAUAAGUUGGAGGGCUGUUUGGGUAAAGGAAGCAAGAUAGGAGGGUUAGCAGUGACAAAGAGUGAAAGCUGGAGGGUUCUUAUUCAUAAUUUGCUCAUGUAUUCAAGAGUGAAAGAUGCAGAAUUUGGAAAAGAAUGGCUCAAUGUGACAAGAUUCAGUGACUAGGAAGAUCAGAGUGAAGACAAACAAGAAGAGGACAUCAUAUCGAACAUUGCACCAAUCCUUCUUGCUGUAAGCAGGUUCUUUGAGGCAAAUCAAACAGUUGAUAAUAUAAACUCAUUUUGUCAUUUUGGAGCUAAAGCUCAUAAGUAUCAUGUUCCAGAGCGCACCAACAACCACUAGUCUCCAAUCCGCAGUUGACUUGAGAAAAGGCUUGUGUAGGCAAAUGAAAAAGGUCAAGUCUAUUUGGCAAUUGGCAUUUCGUCGAAAAUAUGGAGUAACAGACCAUGUGAAAGUUGAUUUUGAAGGGCGUUUAUUUCUCUAAACCUUUCUAGUUUGAAGAUUAAUAUUUUGAGUCUUGUUCACCCACAUCAGGUUAUUUAGGUUCUUAUUAAUAAUUUGCUUCUUAGUAAUCUGCUUAUAAUUUAGGUAUAUGGUUAUUGAGAGUAUGAUUGUGCAAUGAAAGUAUGAUCCCCCAACUACCUACAAAAAUUUUAGAAUGUGAAGUUUGAUAAGUUAACAUAGUUGACUUAUUUAGUAA